GGCACAGCACAGGCAAGUGCCCUUUUUACCCCACCACACCACCCCACCUGUGGCCUCCAAAGAAGUGAAACCACAACGCACCAGCGAGCGCUUCGGUGGAGAGAGGAAGGGCUUUCGCUUCGACGGCGUCCUCGAGGAGUUCGCCAUGGGGAGCUUGAUUGACGAAGCAGAAACUGGGGAGCAGCCACUGGACCCGAAGCCAUUGCACUCACUGGCGCCGAUGUUCCCUACCCCUCCCGGGUAUGAUGUGGCAAUAUCUGACCCACCAUUCUUCUACAUCACACCAAUACAGCAACACCCUGGGCCGGCUGCAGCUUCAUUUGCUGGGCCGCCACCACAGCAACACCCUGGGCCAGCUCCAGCUUCAUCUGCUGGGCCGUCACCAGGGCCAGGGUCCGCAGUUCCUCUCAAGGCCACACCAAUCUCGGCAGCAUUUCCCGCGCGGCGACCCAAAGAGGAACUGUCGGAUGAAGACUACACUCCUGCUUCCGAGAAGAGGAAACCAUCUUCAUCUUCACCCAAGAGGACAGCCAAGAAGGUUCGGCAGGCUGGAGACUCCACUGCAGCCAACACCAAGCAGAGACCGAUCAGGAGGAGCCUCAGCAAGGAGCUCGCCGGCUGGCCCUCCACAUCGGACAACCCAAGGGAGGCGGUGGAAGCGACCAUGGCCAUGUUCGACUCGCUCCGGCGCCGGACGCUGCAGCUGGAUGAGAAGGAGGGCUUGGGCAGGCGCGCCGACCUCAAGGCCAGUGUUCUCAUGAACCAGAACAACCUGAAGAUCAACAGCCUCAAGACGAUAGGCCCCGUCCCGGGCGUCGAAAUCGGAGACAUCUUCUUCUACAGGAUUGAGAUGUGCAUCGUGGGGUUGCAUGCGCCAUCCAUGGCCGGCAUCGACUACCUGUCGGCUAAGCUUGCCGGGAGGGACGAGAGCCUGGCCGUGAGCAUCAUCUCGUCCGGCGGAUACGAGAACGUCGAGGAUGAGACCGACACCCUGGUGUACACGGGCCAAGGAGGCAACAGCCGGCGCAAGGACAAGGAGAAGCACGACCAGAAGCUGGAGAAAGGAAACCUUGCUCUCAGCAACAGCGCCAGCAAGAAGAACCAGAUCAGGGUGGUGCGCAGUGCGCGGGACCCUUUCUCCAUCACAGCAGGCAAGGUUUACAUCUACGAUGGGGUGUAUCGCAUCGAGGACUCCUGGAUGGACACGGCCAAGAGCGGGUUCAGCGUGUUCAAGUACAGGCUGAGGAGGGAGCCGGGGCAGCCUGACGGAUUUUCAGUCUGGAAGAUGACAGACAAGUGGAAGGCGAACCGUGCCACAAGAGAGAAUGCCAUGGUGCUGGAUCUAUCAUCAGGGGCUGAGAUCCUGCCUGUGUGCCUUGUCAACGAAGUCGACGGCGAAAGGGGGCCGAGCCACUUCAAGUAUGUCACCGGAGUGAAGCACUCGAGACCUCUUAGUAGGAACAGGCCAUUGCACCACUGUGAGUGCACUAGUGUGUGCAUGCCAGGUGACCCCAAUUGUUCGUGCGCGCGGCAGAAUGGCGGCGAUCUUCCCUACAACUUAGACGGGGUGCUCGCGAGGCAUGUUCCGAUGCUUUACGAGUGCUCUCGUGACUGCCAUUGUACCAAGGACUGUCGAAACAGGGUUGCACAGAGAGGUGUUCAGCUCAACUUCGAGGUUUUCAGGACCAGAGACCGUGGAUGGGGCCUCCGAUCAUGGGACCCGAUCCGUGCCGGCGCAUUCGUUUGCGAGUACGCCGGUCAAGUCAUGGACGAAACCAACAUGAGCAUGGAUGUCCAGGAGGACGAGUACACCUUUCGCACAACAUGUCCAAAUGACAAGGCUGUAAGAUGGAACCUGGGUGCAGAGUUGCUUGAGGAAAAAGGUGCAGAUGAUGCCACAGCUGAGAGGUUUAAGAGACUUCCUGUCGUCAUAAGUGCAAAGGAUGCUGGCAACGUUGCUCGUUUCAUCAACCAUAGCUGCUCCCCGAAUCUACUCUGGCAGGCUGUGCAAUAUGACCAUACCGAUAACAGUUAUCCGCAUAUCAUGUUCUUCGCCAUGAAACAUAUCCCUCCCAUGACUGAGCUGACAUAUGAUUAUGGCAUAAGAGGGGCUCCUCCGGGCAUCAAGGGGAAAUCUCCCCUGGCUUGCAAGCUCAGGCCAUGCUUAUGUGGAUCUGCAAACUGUCGAGGUUCUUUCUGACACAAAUUAUGCUGGGCGUAAACAAGGUUAUUAAGCUGCUGUAUGUGUAUGGUAGGAGUACAUCGCGGCUGGGCGGUCCAGCGGAGUAGCCAGCGUCUCUGUAUUUUGGACAAGGGAGCAUUCAGAGUAGGCAGCCGUCCUCUGUAGUAUUUUGUAUGCCGGUGGUGGCCAAGAGUGUCUGGUGGCUUUUGUGAUGCAAAAUCGUGUGUAGUACAUGUUGCAUAUGCAGGCGUGUCAUGUGCAAAUCAUGCAGCAGCUGUCAUCUAUAAGACAUGAACCAUCUAGUAUCAUGUGUUCUUACUUACUGUUAUAUUACUGCUGCUGCUUUUACUCUCUGA